AUGGAACCCGCAUUACUGCCAACCACCUCUGUCAAAUAUGGCAAGGUAUCCCUUGAACAAGUCAUGCAACUCCUCCUUGGCCUCCUUGGCCAAGUUGAACACCUUGAGCAAGAAAUUGCUGAAAUCAAGGAAGCAGGGAUCAAGACCCGGACAAAUGUCAAGAAUAUAUCCCAAACCGUUGAUGUUGUCAAGGAUGGGCUUAGGUCCCUGCAACCCCGCACACCUGAAGGACCCCAACCCAAGGCCGUGGAAGAAACGCCACGCCCCUUACCAAAAGCCAAGCCUAUGGGAUUGGGACUAUCCAAUGCUAGGCACCACUUCCCCCACGCCGUAUCCAAUAUUCCCUCCACAUGCUCUGGCGCCCCACACCCAUACUCCCGUCCCUCCAGUUGCUCCUCUAGACGCUCCAUUCCAACCCACUCCCUACCGCCCUCUUGCAGCGCAUCUCCCCCUUUGCAAGACUUGCCAAGGAUGGAACCGGAGCCGUCCCUUGCCGCUCUCCUCAAGGCUAUCACAGCCCUCACAGCCACAGUCAGGUCCUUGCAGGACCAAAUCAAAUCACAAGGUGAGCAAAUCACACAGCUUACUGCCAUAUGCAAGGAAACCAACAACCUUGUUGGUGACAAGGACCAGGGCGGAGCCCAAACCAAGCCUGGCCCAUUGACUGGGCCUGUCACCCCUCCUACCCACUCAGGAGGGGAAACCCACACUCCAGGCACGGUUAGGCCUGGGCUCAAGGCUCCCUUCCGCCCUUCAAGAGGAACAGGGUUUGACUCCGAGGAAGAAGAAGAGCCAAGGCAACCCAAAAAAGAGCCUCAGGGAACGCCUAGGCGGUCACUCAGCUCCCUUACUCCCUUUGACACAGGAAGCAGCGUAAAAAGGCCCAAAAUGGAUCUCCCCAACCCUUAUAAAGGAGACAUCAGGGGACGCAAGGCCACACAAUGGCUGGACCGCAUGCUGCUUUGGGUAGCCCUACACAGGGAUCAAUUCGACAAGGAGGAGCAAAUGGUUGUGUGGAUACUGUACCACAUGACAGACAAGGCAGCCGAUUGGGCGCUCCCCCUCAUAGGGGCCAUUAUCAAGGGCAAGGGGAACCCUCCCACUACUAUCCCAGCCUUAACAGCCAAAUUCAAAGAAGCCUUUGCCAAUCCAGACGCAAAGAGGGCAGCCGCCAGGAAGAUUGCCGCACUUACUCAGACAACCACCACAUCUGAGUAUGUCACCAAGUUCCAAAAUCUUAUGGCAGAACUGGACCGGAACACUGAGGCGUACAUUGCCCAGUUUAUGCGCGGCCUUCACUGGAAGGUGAAAGAGCUCCUGUCCACCAAGGACAAUGUUCCCAACAAUGACCUAGAGGCCAUAUUUGCUGCCUUGGUCAAAAUUGACAACACCCGUCAAGAAAACAAGGAGAACCAACCCAAGAAGGCACCCGCCAAGUCCCCGGUCACUGCAACCACCUCCACCACUACUACCACCCAAUGGGUCCGCCUUUCUGAGGAUCCAAAUUACGUCACCCCGGAAGAAAGGGACCGCCGCCGCGCGUCUGGCCUUUGUGUCAAGUGCGGCCAAAAAGGGCAUGGCAUCAAACAGUGCCCCAACGGUUGGAAGGCAACCAUCAAGGAGGUAGCCAAGGUUGCCAAAGAUGAAUCGGGAAAAGAGUAG